AGUGAGAAGCUCCAGUUGCAUUUGAGACACCGAAGCUAUCGAAGAAGCGUAUAUUAAUCACGAGCUUUUUGACAGAGCUCACGAGUGACAGUUUCAAGUAUAAGAAAGUUUCAAGAAAAAGAAAUUCGAAGACGUCCACAAUGUCGCCGAUGAUUCCGUUGCUACUUUCCGCUUGGUGGGCAGACAUGGAUCGACCAAGCCGUCUGAUGGAUCACAGUUUGGGAACGGGUCUCUAUCCUAACCCAAUUCUGCUUUCUGACCUAGCAGAUAUCUACACGCCGAUACCAUCAAGAGCAGCCAUCGAGUACUACAGGCAGCUAGCUGACAGGAUGCGGUAUGGUGACGUUGGUUCGUCGAGUAACACGAACAAGGACGAGUUCAAGGUGAUGCUCGACGUUCAGCAGUUCAAACCAGAAGAGAUCUCCGUGAAACUGAUCGACAACUUUGUCGUCGUGGAAGCAAAACACGAAGAGAAGAAAGACCAACACGGGUACAUCUCGAGACACUUCUCGAGAAGGUAUUUGCUACCCUAUCAAGCAGAUGGGGAUCAGCUGUCGUCGACAAUCUCUAGCGACGGAGUUUUGACGAUCACGGCACCAUUCAAGCCAACGGAAGAAAAACCAAACGAACGAACGAUCAAGAUCGAGCAAACUGGUAAACCUGCUAUUCGCUUCGACACAUCUAAGCCAAAAACUCCAGCAUCAACAACGACUAGCACAGAUAAUCCAACCACUCAGGAAUCCAAUAGCGUUGAAGAAACAACGGAGAGUUUGACUAAAGAAACGCCAGAGAAAUAAGACUUCCAUUUUCUGUAUUUUCACAAAAUUCUUUUAUAUUCUAACGUUUUUGAUAUUUGAUAUGUAUGUAUGGUUUCCAAUGCGUGCGUGCCUGUAUGUUACAUAUUGAUAAUUAGCGUUACCAUGUUAUGUUCCUUCAUAAUUUUUAAUAAAAUAACGAGUUAACUUAAA